AUGAACUCCUCUACUUACAUUAAAAACGCUUUAGGUGAUUUAACAAAAGAAUUAUCAGUUGUUAUUAAUCAUUUAUUAUCUACCAAUUUAUCUGCCGAAGGAAAGAGCUUAGUUUAUGCAAUUGCUUCAUGGACAAGACAAGUUUCAUUUAUUAAAGAAUUUAAUUAUGAUGAUACAUUGUUUAGUUAUUUGGAUUAUUUAAUAGCAGAUGCUCAAGUAUUAGUAUUAGAGAAUGAAAAACUAUUAGAAAUUUUAUGUCAAUUUAGAUUCCUUUAUAACAAAGAAUAUGCUAUACGCUUUAAGUGA